GCAGUUUUGUUGGCAGCAUUUGUAUCAGCUGGGAAGAUCGGAGAAAAAUUUUCCUUCCCAUAUUUUGAGUCGUUUUCAGGAUGUUGCGCGUCCCCCUGUUGCGGGCCUUGAAUUCGGCAAACUCCGCAAGAUGCCUGGUGCAGACCAGCAGGGCAUCUGGCACUCAGGCGCCCGAAAAAGUUGAAGUUUUCAUCGAUGACAAGAGCGUCUUGGUCGACCCGGGCACAACAGUGCUGCAGGCAGCAGCUCAGGCCGGAGUAGAAAUUCCAAGAUUUUGCUACCACGAACGAUUGGCGAUCGCAGGAAAUUGCCGAAUGUGUUUGGUGGAAGUCGAAAAGUCGCCCAAGCCUGUCGCUGCCUGCGCCAUGCCUGUGAUGAAAGGCUGGAGAAUCAAAACCAACUCUGACAUGACCCGCAAGGCUAGGGAAGGAGUGAUGGAGUUUCUUUUGGUCAACCACCCUUUGGAUUGUCCCAUCUGUGAUCAGGGUGGCGAGUGCGACUUGCAAGACCAGAGCAUGGCUUUUGGCAGCGAUCGUAGCAGAUUCACAGACAUCAGCUACGAGGGAAAGAGGGCCGUCGAGGACAAGGACAUUGGGCCUCUGGUCAAGACCAUCAUGACAAGGUGCAUCCACUGCACCAGGUGCAUUCGAUUUGCCUCCGAGGUGGCAGGCAUUGACGAUUUGGGCACCUCCGGACGAGGCCAUGACAUGCAGGUUGGCACUUAUGUCGAGAAAAUGUUCCUCUCUGAGUUGUCUGGCAACAUCAUCGACCUCUGCCCUGUCGGUGCCCUCACUUCCAAGCCCUAUUCUUUCACGGCUCGACCUUGGGAAACCAGAAAGACCGACAGUGUUGACGUUUUGGAUGCCCUCGGCAGCAAUAUCGUUGUGUCCACCAGAACCGGGGAGGUGCUCAGGAUUCUUCCUCGACUCAACGAGGACAUCAAUGAGGAGUGGCUUUCCGACAAGUCUCGAUUUGCUUGUGACGGUUUGAAACGCCAACGCCUUGUAACCCCAAUGCUGAAGAACAACAAGGGCGAACUGGUUCCUGUUGAAUGGGAGGAUGCUUUGAUUUCCGUGGCCAAGGCACUCAAGUCGGUUCCCGGAAACCAGAUUGCUGCCAUUGCAGGAGGUCUUGUUGAUGCUGAAUCCUUGAUUUCCCUCAAGGAUCUCCUCAACAGACUGGGAUCAGAGUCUUUGAACACCGAAGAGACCUUCCCCUUGGACGGAUCAGGCACUGACUUGAGGAGCAACUACCUUCUCAACGAUAAAAUUGCAGGCAUUGAGGAUGCUGACCUUGUUCUUCUUAUCGGAACCAACCCGAGAUACGAGGCUCCUUUGCUCAACUCUCGAAUUAGGAAAGGUUUCCUGCACCACGAGCUGGAAAUAGGCUAUGUUGGGCCCAAGAUUGAUCUUAACUACGAAUACGAGCAUUUGGGAAAUACUGCCGACGUCCUGAAACAGUUGGCCAGCGGACAACACCCAUUCAGCAAGAGGCUUGCUGCUGCCAAGCACCCGAUGGUUAUCUUGGGUUCGGAGCAGCUCAAGAGAGACGACGGAGCGGCCAUUCUUUCUCUCGCCCAACAAAUUUCACAUGCUGCUGCUUCAGGCGCGCCCGCUGAGUGGAAGGUUUUGAACGUCCUGCAAAGAGUGGCCUCACAAGUUGCUGCCCUUGACCUUGGUUACACUCCUGGCGUGGCCAAGAUUAGGGCAAACCCACCAAAGGUCCUGUUCCUUCUCGGCGCUGACGAGGGAACCAUCACCAGGGCAGAUUUGCCCAAGGAUGCUUUUGUCAUCUACCAAGGACAUCAUGGUGACGCUGGUGCUUCGAUGGCUGAUGCCGUCCUUCCUGGCGCGGCCUACACCGAAAAGCAGGCCACCUACGUCAACACCGAAGGCAGGGCACAGGAAACUUUGGUCGCAGUCACAGCUCCUGGCAUGGCAAGAGAGGACUGGAAAAUUAUUAGAGCCCUUUCUGAAAUUGUUGGUGCCAAACUUCCCUACGAUAAUUUGGACGAGAUCAGAAAUAGGCUCGAGGAAGUGUCACCAAACCUUGUUAGAUACGGAGAUGCAGAAAGUGCAAACUUUGUUGCCCAAGCUAGAGAAUUGUCAAAGUUGGUCCAGGGUGGAGUAUCGUCAACUCCUUUGGACGUGAGGCUGAAGAAAUUGGAAGACUUCUUCAUGACCGACAGCAUCAGCAGAGCAUCCCCAACAAUGGCAAAGUGCGUUCAGGCGGUUAUCAAACAAAAGGAAUCCAAAUACUGAGGAGAUCGUUGACACCGUCUUGGAGGAAGGAUUGAUUUCUAUGUAGACCGUCUCACAUAAGUUAUUUCUGAUAAGAAAAACACUGCGUUUAGUUUUGCUUGCAAUUCUAAGCACAUCAUUUCCCGGGGCAAAGCAUACUUUGUACAUAAUUCUAUAAAUGUCAUGUGUUGAUCAUGAUGCUGUUGUAUGUUAGGAAUAAAAUAUUACAAAAUCUUAAAUAA